AUGGCCAUCGUCAAGAGCUCCGCCGCGUCCGCGAUGGCCCUCUUCAUUGUCGUUGCCGCUGUCUGCUUCAGUCCAGCCGUGGCGGUUAAAAGCAGGGACAAAGAAUUGCACGAGUGCCUACGGGGAAUCAAUGAUGACUGCGGGGUCAUCAUCGCCACGUGGUUGAUGUUCAAUGAGGCUCUGCCUCCCAGUGUCGGGUGCUGCACGUGGCUCAUUGACAUGGGGAAGCAGUGCCACGAUGAUCUCGUGGAUGCGCUCAUUGAGAUCAACAAGUACAAGGGCUCGCCCGAGGACGUGAAAGACAGGGCCAAUGAGCUGUGGCAGUUCUGCAUCUUCGAGACGAAUCAUGACCAGCCCCACGCACCUCUCAUGGCCCCGGCCCCGGCCCCGGCUCACGGCGCUCAGUAA